CCAGGGGCGCUCUUUCAAACAACAUGCAAUCCAAUAUGGCCGCACAGUGAGCGGUUUGCUACCUGAAGCCAUGCGUCCUAUGAAGAAUAUUCCUGCACAGUGACGAUCCUUGCACGAUUUGGAAGUUAAUUUCUCCUUCGCAAUGUGGCUGCCGCUCCACACACGGACGCUGUGCAGAAGACGCUUCGUAGCGGCUCUUUUAAAACUGCCGAGACACAGGGAUCAUGCUAACGUCUGUCCCUUCAGUCAUUCAGCUGGGCUUUCGGCACAAACAUGCAGGGCUCUUUUACACAGAAAACACGGAGAUCCCUGCCAAGUCGUCCAGUUGGAGGACGUAGCUCUACCCUCCUUAGGGUCAAAGGGUGUCCUGGUUAAAAUGCUGGCAGCGCCAGUCAACCCAUCUGACAUUAACAUGAUUCAAGGCACUUAUGCAAUAUUGCCUGACCUCCCAGCGGUUGGAGGCAAUGAAGGAGUAGGUCAGGUGGUGCAGGUGGGCAGUCAGGUGAAGUCCCUCAAAACAGGAGACUGGGUCAUCCCAAGAGAUGCUGGUCUAGGGACGUGGAGGACAGAAGCGGUCCUGGCUGAGGAUGAUGUGAUUGCGGUACCAAAUAACAUUCCGCUGUUGUCCGCUGCCACGCUGGGGGUAAACCCCUGCACUGCUUUCAGGAUGCUCACUGACUUUGAAGAUCUUAAACCAGGUGAUUCUGUGAUUCAGAAUGCAGCCAACAGUGGAGUUGGGCAGGCUGUCAUACAGAUUGCUGCAGCAAAGGGAAUAAACACUAUCAACGUAGUUAGAGACAGGCCAGAGUUCUCACAGCUCAGUGAAAGGCUUAAGGCCAUAGGAGCAAGCCAUGUAAUCAAAGAGGAGGAACUGAGACGGCCUGAGAUGAAGGAAUUGUUUAAGACCUGUCCAAAGCCUAAACUUGCAUUAAAUGGAGUUGGAGGCAAGAGUGCAACAGAACUGCUCCGUCAUCUAAAGGUCGGAGGAUCCAUGGUGACGUACGGUGGGAUGUCCAAACAGCCAGUUACAGUCCCUGUGAGUGCUCUCAUUUUCAAAGAUGUGAAGGUUCGGGGAUUUUGGGUUACACAAUGGAAGAAGGAUCAUUCACAUGACGGAAGAGCGUUUAGAUCAAUGCUGGAUGAACUGUGCUCACUCAUUCAGCAGGGGAAGUUGACAGCCCCUGCCUGUGCUGAGGUGGGACUCAAAGACUACAACAAAGCGCUGAACUCAGCUAUGCAGCCUUUCACAACUGCUAAACAGGUCCUGAUCAUGUGAACAGAGUGGUUUUAUCGACUAAUCAUCAUACUUCUUGAACUUUCAGCGCUUGCUUGUGCAAUCUGUCACCUAUGUUGAUAACAUUUCUUCAUAAUGUUUUACACUGUUGUCCUCAGUUGUCUUAAGUUUCUAUAAAUCACUGAUGCAUCACAUUUAUUUACUUACAUGAGGUACUGGUAAUAGAAAAAAAUCUAAUCCAAUUAUUCUUAAUGUUUUAUCUCUUAUGUUUAGCGACAGAUUGCAGUGCAGCCCUGAACAGAUUAAUGAGUACAAUUGUGUAAUAUCUAGUGUUAAUAAAGAUAUGCAGAUGUAUUGAAAAGCAAA